AUGGCAGAUUCCUCUCUUAAUGAUAUUGUAGCGAAGUAUCCGCUCAAGGAUUCUCUUCAGCCAAUAUUUCGUCGUCUUCAAGAUGCGGAGCGGGUGUACGGGAGUAAUGAGUCAGAAAACGAAAUUUGUCGAAUGGCUGUUCUAAGGUUGCUUAACACUCUGCAAGGCCAGGAUACAGCAUUCAAUCUUCGCUCGAGAACAAGUGGCCUGAGCGUGGCAUCAGAGUUGGCUCGUCUAUUUCAGCACAUUGAAACCAAUUUCAAUUAUGAUGAUUAUCGUCUUGCCAUUCAACUUGUCCUCGGGGGAGCACCCGAUACAGAAAUCUGGGAAGCUAUUCUUGACCUCAUUGAUACUCCCAGAAAGCCCACAAUCUCUACACCUCCGCCCCGUCCCAACUUUCCGAGCAUCCAGACCCCGCGGUCACAUACCACCAGCAGUCUUGUCAACUCAUCCGAGCACCGAAAAUCCAUCGAUUCAGUGCUAAAGGAAGAACUUCUUGGAGUUCUCCAUCCGGACAUCCCGGGAUUUUUUGAGGCUGUUUUCGGCGAGAUUGAAGGGCUGGACUCAACCGCACGGGCAGUGUUCGACACAUGCAAAGCCGGAGAAGAGCCUUUAUACACUGAAGAGGGAGGCUGGACCGGUUGGCCGGAAAAUGCUGCCGAGAAGUGCGUGUUGGACUGGCUGGUGAAGAUCAUCGGCACACUUGUGCACUUCGCCGAGGAACGUGAUCCCACUCAGAACAUCCACCGCAGACCCCUUGCCCAACCGACCUGCCCUGUGGAUGGGUCUACCGCGAAGCGAAAACUCGAUGUCGGGUUUGUUGACGACCCAAAUGCUACAGAGAACACCCGAUGCCACUGGUCGCAGAUCCUGGUCCCAGGAGAGUUGAAGAAUGACCGGAAGUAUGAUACCCCCUCUGGAGCACAGGUUGAUCUGGGGAGAUACGUCAGAGAGGUUCUGUCUGCUCAGGAUUCCCGCCGCUUUGUUCCCGGAUUCACCCUCUGCGGCCCAUUCCUCCGUGUUUGGCACUUUGACCGGUCCGGUGGGAUUGCAUCUGAGAAAUUCGAUAUCAACAAGGACGGCUGUCGGUUUAUUACCGUGAUGCUAGGGUUCCUUCGGAUGGACCAAAAGCAGCUAGGGUUCGAUCCCACUAUUGUCACCAUGGAGGGUACACGCUGCAUUGAGAUUGAGCGAAAUGGCGAGAAGGAGCUUCUCGUGAUCGACGAGGUAAUUGGGCGGGCACACUGUAUCGCCGGCCGGGCUACUACCUGCUGGAAAGUCCACCGCAAAGGAUCGUCGACACAGCUUGUGGUUAAGGACUCCUGGCAGUAUCCAGAGCGUGACGAAGAAGGGAAGUUUCUCAGCGAAGCGAUGAAGAAGGGUGUGAUCAACGUGGCUCGGUACUAUCACCACCAGACCAUCCGCAUCGACGGCCAGGACGAUACCACCGAAACUGCGCGGAAAGGUCUUGGUGUCACAGCAGUCGCGGAUGAAGAACUAGGUAAGUCAGUGAUGAUAAGAGGCAAAUCCCGCAAGAAGAAACAGGCGACCGGAGAAAAACGGUCGUCCGACAGCCUCCAAGCUCCGCUACCCCCAAGCAAGCGCACUCGGUCGUCCUCUCCUGCUAAAGCUACUACGACAGUACAGCAUCGGGUGCACCGCCGUGUCGUUGUCCAGGAUUACGGCAAAUGUAUAUACAAGGCUACCUCAAGGGUUCUCCUACUAUCUGGAUUAGAGGGUUGUAUACGCGGGUAUCAGUCGUUGCAUGAGAAAGCUGGGAUGAUCCAAUGCGAUAUCUCGCUGGGGAACCUCAUGGUGAAUGAAAACGAUGAUGAUCCUUCUCAAAAGGCCUUCUUGAUCGAUCUUGAUUUGGCGGUAAAGGAACAACGGGAGGGGUUCUCUGGGGCACGUGGCAAGACUGGCACAAGGGCGUUCAUGGCCAUCGGCGUGCUCUACGGUGAGAAGCACUCCUUCAUGCACGAUCUUGAGUCGUUUUUCUGGGUGCUCUUCUGGAUAUGCAUCCACUACGAGGGCCCAGGGAAGGGAAGAGUUGUUGAGCUGUUUGAAGACUGGAACUAUCUCAACACAGAAAAGCUUGCAGCUGCCAAAAAGGGGGUAAUAGAUCAUGAAAAGGAUUUUCUCAGGACUAUCGAAGACAAUUUCACCCCAUACUACAAGCCCUUAGCUCCGUGGGUCAACAGGCUACGACGGUGUGUUUUCCCCGUCGACAAACGGUGGGAGAAAGAGGACUCAAAGCUGUACUCCGACAUGGUUACUAUUCUUCGGGAUGCACGAAAGGACCCAGCCGUUGUAGACUAG